UUCUUGUUGGUGCCAGCUGCUGCCAUGGCGGAGUCAAGCGCGCGUUCUUCUCGUGGCUCGGCUUCUGCAGGUCGUGGCGGUGGCGGCGGCUACGAUGGCCUAGGGUCGCCGGUGGCGUACCGCGUGGGCCCCCUGGACUACACGCCGGCGAAGUACUGCUACUGCCAGCUGAAGGCUUGCCGCUGGAUCUCGUGGAGUAAGAAGUCCCCGGGGCGGAGGUACUGCAGAUGCCAAAGGAGCGGGACUGUUGCAGAAUGUGCCUACUUUGUCUGGGUUGAUGAUGAACCAACUGAGUGGUACUUAGAGCUUAUUGGUGAUCUGCGUGAUGAGGUGUGGAGGAUGAGGAAGCAGGUUAUGGAGCAGGGGGUUGAUGUUGGGUAUGUCAGUGCAAUGGAGCAUGUUCAGCAGCUUCAGAAGGUGAAUGAGUUCUUGCAAAACGAGCUCAUGAAGAAGGAAUCAGAACUUAAAGCUAAGGUCAAAGCUUUGCAGAUGAAGGACAAGGAAAUAGAAGAAGGCAAGAGCAAGAAGUGUUCUACUGAGUACUUUAGGUUGUUGUGUUUGUUCUUCAUGGGUAUGGUUGUUGCCAUGGUGUGUAAUGGCAAGAUUGGAUGAUAGAUGUCAAGUCCAGUAGUUGUAGUUGUGUGUCAGUUAUCUGUUGGACCUAAGUAGCUCUAGCUUUUGGAUGGUGUGUAAUGCCAUAUUUGCAAUGGGUUGUAAUGACUUUAUGCAGCUAUUUGAUGUUAGAAUGAACCUGUGCUCAGAUCA